GUACAAGUCUAUGUAAUAAACUCGCAACACUUCCCCUUCCGCCAACUCUAGAUCUAGAAUCUACUUCCAAAGCCAGUGAAAACCUUUGACUUCAACAAUCCACAAUCAGAAACCGAUUCCUCAUGCAAACCACAGCCGUUCUAAGCUCCGCACAAUGUCAAAAUCUGCAGCGGCACAAGCUGGCCAAAAAGUGACCAAGAAAGAUUCCAAGCGGGGGUCCAUGGGAUCCUUCUCCGGGUCCCUCAAUAAAGCGAAGGCAGGUUCUAGUGCUGCCCUGAAGAGGCCCUCCGUCACCAGCGGCCGCCGUAUGAAAAUUAUGAAAAAGGCGAAAGCAUUGCAUCCUUUAGAGCUGCUUUUUGGAGAGGUGUUGACGAAAUCAGGCGGUGUCAAGACGAACCCAAAAACGUUGGCAGUCGAUGAAGGGGUUCUUGGAAUCUACUUCUCGGCUAACUGGUGUCCGCCAUGCCACACAUUCACGCCACUUCUGAUGCUGCUCUACGACGAGAUGAAGAAGAAAGGCCAGAAGUUCGAGGUCGUGUUCGUCAGUUUCGACAUGCAAGAGCAAGCCUUCGAGCAAUAUUCUUCCAAAAUGCCCUGGUGGUCAAUGGAUUUCAGCGACUCCGAUAAAAGAGAGGAAGUGGCCUGUAAAUUUAGCAUAAGGGGAAUCCCCGUGCUGCUUUUCCUGGACCCCAAAACUCUUGACGUCAUCGCAAAGAACGGUAGGGAGAUCGUCAUGGCGGACCCUAGGGGGAAAUAUUUUCCCUGGAAAUCCUUGCCAGACCUCGAAACCCUCAAGUCACGUUACACACCCAUCCCAUCCCUGAGGGAGGAGGUCGACAAAGAGGAAGAAAGGAAAGCAGAAGAAGAAAGAGGGGAAGAAAGAGCAGAAACGGGAGAGGAAGAAGAUGGAGAAAGAGGAGGAGGCAAAGAGCAGAAAGAGGAAUCUGAUGACGUAGAGCAGCAAGCAGACGAACAAGCUGCGUCGUCAGAUGAGACGGCAGGAGAAGUGCCACCAGUAACAGACGACCAGGCACAGGACGGCAGAGACGCAGUGGAACCGACACAAAAAGCUAAAGAGGAAGGGCCCAAGGAUCCUCUCCUCGAGUCUGAAGAGCCAGGGGCGUCUCCAGCAGCAGGCGCCAUGAACCCUCAUCACUCUUCCAAAACUCAAAAUAACAGUAAUAACAGUAAACAGGUUCACAGCAACUCUUAGCUUGGGAAUGUAUAGGACUCAGAAGAGAUUGCCCUUGAUUGGCAUAAGAUAAUAUAAUCAUAUUCGUGGUAUAAUAAAGAAAAGAUAAGAAUGAAAUUCAAUUUUAGCAAAGAACUCAAGCGUAUGUGUGUUAUUUUCAGCUGUCCGAAUUCAUACAUUUUAGUAAUGUUUCGUAGAAAUAAAACGAAGGAUCGUAAUAGCUUAGCUGAAGAGUUUUAAUAAAAAAUACCUCAAUGAGUUCCAUACCAAAGUAAGAGGACUAAAAGUAGCGAAAGGCUAUGUUCGGUCAGGUUUUCUAUUCAGCUACGAGUGCUGGACAACUACCAAAGACAGUGAAAAUAAAAUAGAAGCAGCAGAAAUGUGUUUUUGGGGGAAACCGUCGAGAAUUUCGUGGGAGUAAAAAAAAAUCAAAGUUAAACCGAAAGAAGCCCACAAGAGCCGCUCACUACUAAGAGACAAAAGCAAUUUCUAGGGCACUUAAAUUGACAUAAAGGCCUUAAGCAUGUAACUCUCAUUGGGAAAGUAGAAAUCAGAUGAGGUAGGGGAAGACCCACAGCAACUUGCUAGGAAAGUCCUAACAGAUGGGUGACGCAGAGACCAGGAUAAAGCAGCUGAGCAAAGAAAUGAAUGGCAAACCAUGAUCACAACAAUGAAAUGAAAAUUUAGAGAGUCACAUUUUCGUAAAGCCUACUUACUUUACAUAACUUCAGGACACCUGGAAGUGAGAAAUAAAAAAAUUUCAAACAUGAAACAGGAAGACUUCAAAUGUUCCUAGUCUAGAUUUUUGGUCUUUUCUAGCAUGUCUUAAAAGAAGCUAGUCCUUUUUCUCACUGGUAUGAUCUUUAUUGCUUUUCAAGAAAAUUUACACAUUAAAACAGUUUUAUGAAGUACAAACACGAAAAUAUUUUCAAGCCAAAAAAAA